AUGGGAGGAUACAAACCCCCUAUGGUCCCCAAAAGACCUCUCAAGAAAUCACCCAAGAAGACCCCCCCGAAGUCUCCUAAGAUGACUUUUCAGUGGGAUGAUCACCGACGAGAAGUGCUGUGCUGCCUGUGCAGGUUCUUUGAACUGGCCCGCCAUGACUUCCAGAGAAUAUUCUCUGAUAUCUUCCGAGACCACCUCCUCGAACGUGGUUUCCCCGGCAAUCAGAUGCCAUACACAAGACUCUACGCCCAAUGGACAUGGAUGAAGAGGAUAGACCACCCUUUGUGGUUGUUUGUUCACAAGGAGACCAAUUUCAUUGAGAACCAAGAGUGGAAAGAUAUUCUGCGACAGAUCCGUGAUUCUGCGAGAAGACUGCGAAUCUCUCUGACUGAGAAAGAAAAUGACGCCACAGAUGAGCACAAAUCGGAAAGUAAGAUUUCGGAGGAUCUUUUGCCGAUAGAACAGGCAGUGGAAAUCAUCUUGCAGAGUGUUCUGAGCCAUUCAUCCUCAUCCGACGAUGUUGACAAUGACCGAGGCACAGACACCCGGGUAAUGCCCCAUCCGGAUACCCCAAGCUCUUUUGUUCGAGCGCAAAUUCUCUCUGAUUUCGAUGAUGCCACAACCAACGAACGUUUGCUCUGGGGAGAGCGUUGCUAUUGGUGUGAAAAGGAUGGGCCACCACCCCCGGUAGAGGGAAACCAACACAUAAACUCUGAUGUCCAGACUGAUACGUCAGAGUUAAUGGGUCUACAAGGAAACCCACUGUCAGAGGAAGUCGCAAUAAACAUGACAACUCAUGUCAAUCUGCACGGCCAUUGCCCCCCCAAGGAUCUACCAGCUGUAUUAUAUAGGUGGUCAAAUUUCAACUCACAGGGUAUCAAUUGCCGAGGCAUAAUUCGGGCUGGGCUGUUUACAACAAGCGGUUCUGUAACAUUCCAGCCAGAGGAUGUUUCUGAGGAGGAAUUUCUGGAGUAUUUCAAACUCCACGUGUCGAAAGUACUCAAACCGACGCCAUUUAUCUCAUUCUUUAAGAAGCCGUUGGCGCCAAUCCACCGAGGGCUUCAGAACGGAGACGGGGCGGCAGUAUUCAUCAUCGAUACUGCAAAGCUCAGCAAUAAGGCUUUUAAAGCCGCACCACUGGUCAAGCUAACAGACACCGCAAGAAAGAAAUACAAAGGUUACGGUGAAUACUUGAUCUGGAAUGAAGUACCCACAGAUGCAAUUGCCUGUACGUUCACUAUGACCAAGCUGGAAAAGAUUGCCCGCGAGCACCCAGACAUUGCUGCAUUUUUACAAUUGCCUCGCAUCCAUGCGCGACCAAACUGCACUAAAUUCCUGUACAAUGAUCUUGCAAUGAACAGGCCCAAAUCAAUCGAUGGCUAUGUUGCCCUACUGGAGAAGUUUACAGCAUUGCUUGGAGUCCCUGGAACCCUUAGGAAAACUGUUGCAGCCGGGUUUAAAGAGGCGUGGUUUGACAAUUUCCGAGGGUUCGAAUAUCAAGCACCAGACAUCUCCGAUUUGCCCGGUAGAAUAAGUGAAGUGGGCGAAAUCGAGUCGCACGAGCCCGACGAUUACUACAUGUCGAUUUUGCCUAGGAUUCGCUCGGCAUCAUAUGCACCACCUGCUGACAGCGACAACGAUGAUUCACAUUCUUCUUCAAGCAAUGAGAGUCGAGAAAGCGAAGAAGCAGAGGCAGAAGCAGAGGCACCUUGUCCAAGAUGGGAUACUCCAGAGGCGCCCUUUUCAACCCACGAUUACUCCAGUGAUGACGACUUGAAGAUGCCGGCGAUUGAGCCUCCCAGGAGACGAAAUGGUCUCAGUGAGACGGAAACUUAUGAGGCAUGGCCGAACGAGGAAGAUUACAUGAGAACGUCCAUUAGGUGGCCCGCUCGAAUGUUUGCAAAGGGAAGACCCGAAAUGUGGAGUGCGUAUGGUAUGUGA